AUGGCCGACGAUAUACACGUCAGGUUGUGUUUGCAAGAUAUCGUCAAGCUUGAUUUGGAAGCCAAAGCGAUCAUCCAGGAUAUUCGUCACGAUGCUGACACCACAGAUAUGCUUGACGAUUUCAGUGCUUCAGGCAGACGCAAGAUUUCAGAUCUUCGGAACAAAAUAGCUGAACUAGAAAGAUUAGGAUUGGAACAGAUCCGUGACACAGACAGGGAUGCUAUCCUUGUUAAUGUUGAAAGUCUACGACAGAAGUUAUCCAGCACUGUAACAAGCUUCCGGCAAGCCAUUUUGAGUACAAAACUGGCACUGGAUAAAAAGAGUAAAGAACAGUUACUGAAUGGCUCUUCGAAGAUUAGAAAACGAAACCAGGGAAACAAGGAGACAUUGGCCAAGACUGCAAAUGACAUUUCUGAUAUGCUGAUGAGUCUGAAUCGCACCAUGGCUGACCAGGUGAAGCAGAGCGAGAUGAAUGUCACCACACUGGCUGGAUCCUCUCAAGUUGUGAGCGAUACCCACGAUGAGUUCCACACAAUGGGAGGGCACAUACAAAACUCACAACGCUUGCUGACAAAGUAUGGCAGACGUGAAUUCACUGACAGAUUGCUCAUUUUGUUGGCCCUAGUGUUUUUCUUUUCUACAGUGCUUUAUAUAGUAAAAAAGAGAAUAUGGCCUUCUUGA